UUUUAUUUUUUUAAUCUUUAUGGGAGAAGAAGGAAUCCACUUCUCGUGGCCAGUCUCUGAAAGCGUAAAAUCCAAGGAUGUUUUUGAUUCUUCGUCGGACGUAGUGAUUCGAAAAACUCCGGUCAAAUCCUUUUGCUCCGAUCGAUCGAAGUUAUUUUUUCGGUUUUCGUUCGCUCCGAUUUUCCUUCAUUUUCUCGAGAAACCAAAACAGUUUCAAUUGAAUAAAACCUCACCAAAAGUCUCGAUACUUAGAUCCAUGGAACUGGAUUUGAAAAUUCGCAAUCCGUAAAAUCGAAGAUCUAGCUAUGGAUUUUCUAGAGCUAGAAGCGAUCGAGGGUUUACGCUGGUCAUGGAACUCAUGGCCGACCACAAAAUCCGAUUGCAAAUCUCUCGUUGUUCCUCUAAGCAUCAUGUAUACUCCAUUGAUGCAGUUCUCCGAGCUUCCCACGAUUCCUUAUGAUCCGCUGAUUUGCUCUCGAUGCGGCGCAGUGUUGAACCCUUACGCUCGUAUUGAUUACCAGUCUCGAAUCUGGGCUUGCCCCUUUUGCUUGCACAAAAACCCUUUCCCUCGCUCUUACGCCGGAAUCACCGAAACCAAUCUCCCGGCGGAGCUUUUCCCGACUUACAGCGCCGUCGAGUACUCUCCGCCACGUAAAUCAGCAUCCACCACUACCCCGACGGCUGCUUCGACCGCGGGUUGGACUAACGGGAUCGGUCAAGGGCUACAAUCAUCAAGAUCGAUGCCUUCCACUUCGUCUUUCUCGUCUCUUGCUUCCACAGUUGGAACUGGUGGUGGCAGCUACGGCGAGCUUGGACCUGCGUUCGUGUUCGUGGUUGAUGCAUCUAUGGCGGAGGAGGAGUUACAGGCUUUGAGAAGUGAGCUUCUGCUAGUGAUUGAGCAGUUGCCAGAGAAUUCAUUGGUGGCUUUGAUUACUUUUGAUUCCAUGGUUAGGGUUUAUGAUCUGGGUUUUUCUGAAUGCUCCAGAGUUGUUGUUUUCCAUGGCGAACGUGAGCUUCCUUCAGAGCAGAUACAAAAAUUUCUAGGACUUGGAUAUUCGAAGCAGCUUCAUCAUGGGAAGAUGUCAGCGAUAAGAAAGCAGAGUUUCUUGCUUCCGUUAGCGGAAUGUGAGUUUAACAUAACAUCAGCUUUUGAAGAAAUCGUUCCGUUGGUUAAUACCAAACCAGGUCAUCGUCCUCAUAGGUCAACCGGUGCUGCGAUCUCAACAGCAUUGGGACUGCUCGAAGGUUGUUCUAUAACUACAGGCGCACGGAUUAUGGUUUUCACAUCGGGACCUGCAACAAGAGGCCCCGGGAUAGUCGUGGACUCGGAUCUAAACCAUUCGAUCAGAACACACAGAGAUAUCAUCACCGGUCAAGUGCCUUACUACGACAGAUCUUGCGAGUUUUACAAGAAACUAGCAAAGAGACUCUGCGAUUCGUCUGCUGCUCUCGAUCUGUUCGCUUGCUCUCUUGACCAAGUCGGCGCAGCCGAGAUUAGGUAUGCGGUGGAAACCUCUGGUGGGUUUCUCUUACUCGGAGAAACGUUUGAGUCCGAGCAAUUCAAGAAAUGUCUCAGGCAUAUAUUCAGCCGCGAUGCAGAUGGGAACUUGAAUAUGUGCUUCGACGUUUCUUUAGAAGUUGUGACGACUAAAGAUAUGAGAAUUAGCGGGGCGUUAGGUCCCGUUGUGUCGCUUAGAAGGAAGAAUGAUAUAGUGAGCGAAACAGAGAUUGGUGAAGGCGGAACAUAUAUGUGGAAAACGAGCACUGUGACGAACAAGACUUGUGUUUCCUUCUUCUUUCAUGUGAGCAACGAGCAGAAUCGAAAACCGCAACCCGGUUCAGCGUUCUUCAUCCAGUUCAUCACUCGGUAUCGGUAUGGCAAUGGAGGAUUGAGGAAAAGGGUUACAACGGUUGCAAGAAGAUGGGUUUCCGGAAAAUCACCGGAGAUCUCGUCUGGUUUCGAUCAAGAAACAGCUGCUUCGGUUAUGGCUCGGCUUGCGAUAAAUAGAGCAGAGGAGUGUUACUCUAGAGACGUUGUUAGAUGGUUAGAUGAUGGUUUAAUCCGCUUCGCUUCACGGUUCGGAGAUUACAUCCAAGAGGAUCCAUCUUCUUUCAGGUUGACUCCAAACUUCUCGCUUUACCCUCAGUUCAUGUUCUAUCUAAGAAGAUCACAGUUUCUUGACGUCUUCAACAACUCCCCGGACGAGACCGGUUAUUUCCGUUUAAUAUUAAACCGAGAAGGAGUUGUUAACUCAAUCAUCAUGAUUCAACCAACGCUUCUCCGGUAUUCGUUCGAUGGACCACCGGUUCCAGUCCUCCUCGACAUCCGAUCAGUGACACAAGACGCGAUUUUGCUAUUCGAUUCAUACUUCUACGUGGUGAUCCACCACGGUUCGAAGAUCGCGCAGUGGAGGAAGCUCGAGUAUCACAAAGACGCGAACCACGAGACUUUCCGGAAUCUUUUGGAGGCGCCGGAGAUCGAUGCGGUGCAGCUAGUGAGUGAUCGGAUUCCGAUGCCUCGGAUUGUGCGGUGUGACCAGCACGGAAGCCAAGCUCGGUUUCUUCUUGCGAAGCUGAAUCCUUCGGUUACUCAGAAAACCGAUCAUACCGGUGGUUCUGAGAUUGUUCUCACUGAUGAUUUGUGUCUUCAAGAUUUCCUCGAUGAUUUGCAAUCUCUGGCAGUCCAAAGAUGAGCAAAACUGGUUAAUUGGUUUGGUUUUGAAUCGGUUCAGGUAACGGUUUUGACUAAUUGGUUAUACGAAUAGUCUUAUGGCUUAUAGUGUUCAGCUUUUGAGAAUCGUUUGGAUGGAAUUUGAAAUGUAUUAGUAUGAUUUGAUUUGGCUUUAUUCAUUAUAUAGAAACGGGUUUUGAUCUUGUGCAAUAACCAAUGAAUCUGGUAAUUAAAUCGAUUUUUUAUUUUCUCGAGAAAGUCAGGGAAAAAUAUUGGGUAAGAAUAUGAAUUUUAC